AGUCCGCGAAGAGGGCGCACCAUGGCCGUGCCGGGCGAGGCCGCCCGAGUCGGGGCCAAGCCCGGCCACGCAGAGGCGAGGCCGGCCCCCGCGGCGGGCCCGGGCUGCCACCGUCUCGCGGGCCCCUCAUCGCCCCGGGACCCGGGCUGCCGCGGCUGCUGGGGCGCCCUGGUGCUGCGGCCCCUCCGGCGCUCGCAGAAACUUUCCUCGGCGCUGUGCGCGGGCUCCCUGUCCUUUCUGCUAGCGUUGCUGGUGAGGCUGGUCCGCGGGGAGAUCGGCUGUGACCUAGAGCGGAGUGAGGAGGCGGCGGCGGCGGCGGCGGAGGAGGAGGAAGCUGCCCCCGGAGCAGAAGGGGGCGUCUUCCCGGGGCCUCGGGGAGGUGUUCCCGGGGGCGGCGCGCCGCUCGGGCCCUGGCUGCAGCCCUCGGCGCUGCUCUUCAGUCUCCUGUGUGCCUUCUUCUGGAUGGGCUUGUACCUCCAGCGCGCCGGGGUGCGCCUGCCUCUGGCCGUCGCGCUGCUGGCCGCCUGCUGCGGGGGGGAAGCGCUCGUCCAGAUUGGGCUGGGCGUCGGGGAGGAUCACUUACUCUCGCUCCCCGCCGCGGGGGUGGUGCUCAGCUGCUUGGCCGCCGCGACAUGGCUGGUACUGAGGCUGAGGCUGGGCGUCCUCAUGAUCGCCUUGACUAGCGCGGUCAGGACCGUGGCCCUCAUUUCCCUAGAGAGGUUCAAGGUCGCCUGGAGACCGUACCUGGCGUACUUGGCCGGAGCGCUGGGGAUCCUCCUGGCCAGGUACGUGGAGCAAAUCUUGCCACAGUCCACGGGGGCGGCUCCGAGGGAGCAUUUCGGGUCCCAGCUGAUCGCUGGGACCAAGGAAGAGAUCCCGGUGUUUAAGAGGAGGAGGCGGUCCAGCUCCGUGGUGUCCGCCGAGAUGUCGGGCUGCAGCAGCAAGUCCCAUCGGAGGACCUCCCUGCCCUGCAUCCCGAGGGAACAGCUCAUGGGACAUUCAGAAUGGGACCACAAACGAGGGCCAAGAGGAUCACAGUCUCCAGGAACCAGUAUCACUGUGGAUAUUGCUGUGAUGGGCGAGGCUCACGGUCUCAUCACCGACCUCCUGGCAGACCCUUCUCUGCCCCCCAACGUGUGCACGUCCCUGAGGGCAGUGAGCAACCUUCUCAGCACACAGCUCACCAUCCAGGCCAUUCACAAGCCCAGAGUGAACCCCGUCAUUUCCUUCAGUGAAAACUAUACCUGCUCUGAUUCUGAAGAAAGCUCUGAAAAAGACAAGCUGGCUAUUCCCAAGCGCCUGAGAAGGAGUUUGCCCCCUGGUUUGCUGAGACGAGUUUCAUCAACUUGGACAACCACCACCUCAGCCACGGGUCUGCCCACUUUGGAGCCUGCCCCAGUACGGAGGGACCGUAGCGCCAGCAUCAAACUGCAUGAAGCACCUUCAUCCAGUGCUAUUAAUCCAGAUUCUUGGAAAAACUCAGUGAUGAUGACUCUGACCAAAAGCAGAUCCUUCACUUCGUCCUAUGCUGUUGCUGCCUCUAACCACGUAAAGGCUAAAAAGCAAAAUCGACCAGGUUCCCUAGUGAAAAUUUCACCUCUUUCCUCACCCUCUUCCUCACCUCUCCAUGGGACCCCUGCCAGCAGCCCAGUCAGCAAAAUUUCUGCAGUGCAGUUUCCAGAAUCUGCCGAUGCAACUGCCAAACAAGGCCUAAGUUCUCACAGGGCCGUAACUUACACUCAGAGUGCCCCUGACCUUUCUCCUCAGAUCCUGACUCCACCUGUUAUAUGUAGCAGCUGUGGCAGACCAUAUUCCCAAGGGACUCCUGCUGAUGGGCCCCUGGAGAGAAGUGGGGCAGCCAUUCGGACACCAAGCAGAACCGAUGACACCACUCAAGUUACCUCUGAUUAUGAAACCAAUAACAACAGUGAUAGCAGUGAUAUUGUACAGAACGAAGAUGAGACUGAAUGCCCCAGAGAGCCUCUGAGGAAGACAUCAGCUUGCAGCACCUAUACUCCUGAGGCCAUGAUAUUCCUGGACAAACCAAUUCUUGCUCCUGAACCUCUUGUCAUGGAUAACUUGGACUCAAUUAUGGAGCAGCUAAAUACUUGGAAUUUUCCAAUUUUUGAUUUGGUGGAGAAAAUAGGAAGAAAAUGUGGCCGUAUUCUUAGUCAGGUAUCAUACAGACUUUUUGAAGACAUGGGCCUCUUUGAAGCUUUUAAAAUUCCAGUUAAGGAAUUUAUGAAUUAUUUUCAUGCUUUGGAGAUUGGCUACAGGGAAAUUCCUUACCAUAACAGAAUCCAUGCCACCGAUGUCUUACACGCUGUUUGGUAUCUUACGACACAACCUAUUCCCGGCCUCUCAACUGUGAUUAAUGAUCACGGAUCAGCAAGCGAUUCAGAUUCUGACAGUGGGUUUACACAUGGACAUAUGGGAUAUGUAUUCUCAAAAAUGUGUAAUGUGCCAGAUGAUAAAUACGGAUGUUUGUCUGGAAAUAUCCCUGCCUUGGAGUUGAUGGCCCUGUAUGUGGCUGCAGCCAUGCAUGAUUUUGAUCACCCAGGAAGGACUAACGCUUUCCUGGUUGCAACUAGUGCCCCUCAGGCGGUGCUCUAUAAUGAUCGUUCUGUUUUGGAGAAUCAUCAUGCAGCUGCUGCGUGGAAUCUUUUCAUGUCCCGGCCGGAAUAUAACUUCUUAGUUAACCUUGACCAUGUGGAAUUUAAGCAUUUCCGUUUCCUUGUCAUUGAAGCAAUUUUGGCCACUGACCUGAAGAAACACUUUGACUUUGUAGCCAAAUUUAAUGCCAAGGUGAAUGAUGAAGUUGGAAUAGAUUGGACCAAUGAAAAUGAUCGUCUACUGGUUUGUCAAAUGUGUAUAAAGUUGGCUGAUAUCAAUGGGCCAGCUAAGUUUAAAGAGCUUCAUCUUCAGUGGACAGAGGGUAUUGUCAAUGAAUUUUAUGAACAGGGUGAUGAAGAGGCCAGCCUCGGGUUACCAAUAAGCCCUUUCAUGGACCGUUCUGCUCCUCAGUUGGCCAACCUUCAGGAAUCCUUCAUCUCGCACAUUGUGGGUCCUCUCUGCAACUCCUAUGAUUCAGCAGGACUGAUGCCAGGGAAAUGGGUGGAAGACAGUGAUGAGUCAGGAGACACCGAUGACCCAGAAGAAGAGGAGGAGGAGGAAGCAGCAAAUGAAGAGGAAACCUGUAAAAAUAGUGAAUCUCCAAGAAAGAAAACUUUCAAAAGAAGAAAAGUCUACUGCCAAAUAACUCAGCACCUUCUGCAGAACCACAAGAUGUGGAAGCAAGUCAUUGAGGAGGAACAGCGGUUGGCAGGCAUAGAGGAUCAGUCCCUGGACCAGUCCCCCCAGCAGCACCCCUCAGAACAGAUCCAGGCCAUCAAGGAAGAAGAUGAAGAAAAGGGGAAGCAGAGAGGAGAGGAGAUCCCAACCCCAAAGCCAAACCAGUGACCAUGGAUAAAUGAGCUACAUUUCUAAACAGAGUGACUUGUCACAGACUCUUUUCAAGCCAGCACAACACUUAGACACAACACUGUAGAAAUAUGAGAAGAUGGGCAAACGGCUAUGGCAUUUUGGGAUUCUUUGCAUCUUAUAUGUGUUUAUUUUUACAGUGAGGUACAUGGUUUAAAAAACUCUCACUCAGAGAAGCUUUCACGUUAUAACAACACCAGCUUCUAAGGAUUUUUUUAAAGGAAGAAGUAUAUAUGUGUGUGUGUAUAUAAGCUCUCACAUAGAUCCAUGUAAAACAUAUUCACAGACACACACGCAGACACACAGACACACCGAAAAGCCAGGAUUCCUGGCUCCACGAUUUAGUAACAUUCAUGUUAAGAUAUAUAGUGGUCACUGUGAUAUAAUAAAUCAUAAAGGAAAAACUAAAGGAAAACAAAUUCCAAAGGAGAUGGUGCAGCUUUAGCCGGGAAGCAGUGUAGCAAAUGUAGGUUACGACUAAGAAGCUUUUGCUCUUAGUACUGAGGGAUGAAAGUUCCAGAGCAUUGUUUGAAUUCUUAUACAUCCUGCCAACAUUGUGUGUGUGUGUGUGUGUGUGUGUAUGUGUGUAUGAGAGAGAGAGAUGGAAAGGAUGCUCAUGUGUAUGUACAUUUGUGUGUAUGUAAAGAGAGAUUUUUGUGGUUUUAGUUGUUCAUAGCAUUGCUGCAGCAGACGACUCAGCACAUGUGAACAAACAAGAUGAAGUUCGCUCUGGAGAGUCUUUAAGAGGCAGCCAUCCUUGCCUGCCUCUACUUGGCUUCAGUAAAAGUCCCUCUGCAGAAGGAGGGGAUUGGCAGGCUGGGGGACAGGGCCACGGGCCUGUGCAUCCCUUCGAGGCUCUCUGUCACCAGCCUUAAACCGGGAAGACUGAGGCAUUUUCCAGUCUAGUUGCUGAAUGAAUGUAUAGGAGGUGUUUGUCUGUAUGUCUGUCUGUCACUCACCUAAAAAUCAAAUCACGAUGGAAGGGGAUGGAAUUCUUUAAACAGAAACACCUCAGAAGGAGCUGAAGUCAGGUCUUUUCAUCAGGUUACAGUUCUAAAAGGUCGCCAGAGAAGGCCUGGGAAAUGGCUCUUAACGGGGAUCGCCUAUGUCUUAAUUUGCUGCAAAAUGUGUGGUAGAAAAAGAAAAAAAAGAAAGGAAGGCAAACAGAAACCCACUCUGGGAUAGCUAGUGAGAGAGAGAUGAAGUGGAUAAUUUCAACCUAGGGUUUGGUGUUUAUUGACAUAAUGAAAGUCUGAUUCUUGGCAACUGGUGAAGAUUGGCUUUUGGGUGGCAAAAGUCGCACGGACAACCCUGUUGUACUGUUGCACGCACGGUGUGAUGGGGUGACUUCUAGCUGUAAUCUGGCCCAUUGUCAUGUUUCUUUUGGCAGGGAAGACUUGAGGGAUUUGGGGGAACUGGGCCUAUCAUUGACAGUCUUUUUUUUUUUUUUUUUUUGGUUUGUUUAUCUACAUUUGUUUAUGCUGUGAGCCAAACCUCUAUUUAAAAAGUUGAUACUCACUUUCAAUAUUUUAUUGCAUAUUAUUAUAUUUGUCAUGAAUAGUUAUCUUGAUGUAAAUAUAAAGAUUUGUUUUUGUUUCUGUAGAUAGUCAACUUUUUUUUUAAAGGGAAAAGGGAAACAUUUUUAUAAAGUUCUAUUUUAAUCACCAUUUUUAUACAUUGUAGCUCUCUCCAAGCCCAGUAAGAGAUGGAUGGUUCAUUUGCAUGGAGGUCUGUGAACACUCACUCAUCUACCUGUUCUAAUUUAAAUGAUAAUCGGAUACAGUUAUUUUAUGCCAAUUAAAUGAGGAUGCUGCAAAGAAUGUUUUUUCACUAGCAACUCUGGCUAACUUUUGGGUAACUUCUGGAUCCACAUCUCCCAAGCGAAAGACUUUCUUAAACAAUGAGGAACGUUUAUAAUUGGUGUCCCUUUCUUCCCAACACUUUUUGCUUCUAACAUUCCUUUGAUACUCUAUCCUGGCCUGCUCAUCAUCUAAACAACCUUAGCUUCAAGUAAAUCUUGCUUGUGAUUUCUACUUUUUAUUUCCUCGCAAAUCAUAGAAAAGAGUGUUUACAUUAAAAAUGCCUUCAUUUCUCAUAAAUGGAUAUUCUUCCCUUCCAAAGCAAUGAUUAUACAAUAAUCCGUGGCAUUUUUUAAAUAAGGCAAAGAUAAUACAAUCCAAAAUAAACAUAGUUUCAAGGCAAAUUUCCCCCAAAGUAGGAAAAUACGAAAAGGAUCAAAUAGAUGCAGAUUCUACCUAAAUAAUGAGAAUUUUUUUUUUUGAGUUAACAUCAGGUCUUCAUUAUUUAGACUUACUGAGUUGUUUUCCAUUUUUUUUAGUAUUGCCUGUGUGUCUCUAUGUUUGCAAAACUUACUGUGAGUCAAAUACAUUUCCCCAGUGAAUUUAUUUUCCUUCCAUGGCAAAUAACAGAAGGGGGGAAAAAAGCAUUUAUACUCAAAUGCCUCUUGUAUCUAAUUAACAAAACUAAUCUUUCCCCCUGCUCCAAAUGCCAUAUGUCUCUAAAAUAAAUGUAAGUCCAGGAAAAAUCUAGGUAUGGAGCAAGUUAAAUGGUGACAGAGUAGUUAUACAUUCAUAACCAUAUAUUGGUGGCUUCCUCAACGCUCCAUGACCCCAAGUAGGGGCCCGCCUGGCUGCCAGAGUAGAGGUCUAAGCACACUACCUGGUUUUUGCUUUGUUCUGUUCUCAAGUACAUGAAAUAAUCAUGGCCAAAGCAGUAAGAACCUCUUCAUUCCAGAAUUGUGCUCACCAGUCUAGGCAGAUUAUUUUUUUUUUCUUCAAAGAAAGAUAAAUUGCUAGUGUAUUAAAGCUAAAGUCAGUUCAAGAAAAGGAAUGGCGAUUCUUCAAGUGCUUGACUUUCAUACACACCCAGUAUAUCCCACAGGAUGCCGAGGGACAUGAAAAGAUAUUUUCUGCUAGUGAUGGUCUCCCCGUCCUUGGUGACAGCAGUAUUACUGUGUUCACUUCCAACUCCGGAGCUUGCUUCCUGUGGUGCCAGUGUAUUUGUUGCAACUUACUACAUUUUUAUAUGAGCCUAAUUAUAGGUGCCAUUAGAUAAACUCAGGUCUUUCAAAUGAAGGAAUGUCUAGCCCAUUUAGGGAAAAGAAUUGUAUGGACAGCCAUGAAACUAAUGGUAGGAAAAGUUGGAAUUUGGUGGCCUUGAUGCUAGUGGUUGCUUUCUGUUAAGGAAAAGACCAGGUAUACUAAGAAUGUCAUCAAUGUCAUUUCCAGCAUGCUGAUAGAAUGUCUUUCUGGUUAUCGAUCUAAGCCAACCUUGAGAAUAUUGCUUCCUUGGUGAAAACACUUCAGCAUAUUUUAAAACUAUAAGUUAUUUUUGUCAUUUAUAUAAGACCUGGUUUUGCUCUUAGUCAAAGAUGAAGACAGUAGCUCUGUACAGGGAUUUAUCUACAUCGGUCUUCAUCUGAGAAGUGAAGGAAUUUCCUCAUAUUAUGUUUAAGAAAAUACCCACUUUCUAAACACAGAACACGAAAUUAUGUCUGUUCCGUUUUGAUGGGAUCCCAGAACAAAUCCUAACCAUUGCAAUCUCAGUAAAACUAAAGACGAUGGUAUGUCAAGCGGACUUCAUAUUACAUGUAUAAUACGUAUUGCAAUUUCCUCACACCCCUGCCUCUCUUGAUUUGCAAUGUCCUGAUGUCCCCUGUCACUUUCCCAGAGAACUUUCUUUGAAGGUAAAAGCUGUGCAAAAGGCAUGAGACUCAGGCCUAUUUUUUGUUUAAAUGAUGGAAAAACAUAAAUUAUUUUCUAAGUAAUAAAGAUAUGAAAAUUAUCAUUGUAAAUAAAGUCUAAAGUUUGAAACGA